AUGAGCCAACCUUCCGCUAUUGGCCCUUUGGGUUUCGGGUCCCGCACCAUGGUUGAGGGCGAUGGCUGCCAUCGGAUCGCGGCAAAGCACCGUAAGGAGCUUGUGGGCCGGAAGAUGGCUGCAAAGUCCCCCAACGGCCGAUUCCGCGGCGGCGCGCAGGCAAUCGUGAAGUGCGGAGGUGUUCUGCUGAAGAUUGAAGUCCAUGGAAAGAACAUGUUCUACUUCUUCGGAAAGGCAGGGGGAGACCCAAGCAUUGUGGUUCAUGUCCACUUUGGGAUGGCUGGUGCCUUUGCCGUCUACAAAGAACAGGAGCCUGAGCUUACCAAGAACAUCCGCCUGCGGCUGGAGACUGUGGAUGCAGGAACUAAGUUGGUUGCUCACCUAUCCGCGAUGACUGUGAAGCAUGGGAAGCCGGAUGACCUGUAUAACAAGCUUGUAGCAAAGCUGGGCGCCGAUCCUCUGCGGGAAGAUGCAGAUCCAGAAUGCUUCGCCGAUGCGUGUGCUAAGGCGAAGAAACCCAUUGGUACUGUCCUGAUGGACCAGUCCAUUUCCGCGGGCGUGGGAAACAUCUAUCGUAGUGAGAUCUUGUAUGAGGCAGGCGUUCAUCCAAAGCAGCUGGCGAACACGCUGCCAAGGGCUGAGGUUCUGAAGAUCUGGAACACAGCUGUGAAGCAGAUGCAGGCAGGUUUCAAGAGCGGAUCCAUAUGGGGCUCCAAGCCAAGUUCUUUCUGCUAUGGCAAGACCAAGUCAGCCUGUGGAGGCAAGGUCAAGAAGUUUAGUAUGGGAGGCCGAAGUGUGUACGCUUGCCAGAAGCGACAACAGAUCACCAAGGCACCCAAAGCCACAGCAAAGGCGCCAGCACUGCGCCGCGCAGGCACUUCCCACAUGGAUAAUAUCGUGUCAGCCGUGCAGUCUGAGAACAAGAAGCGGCGCACUGGGGAGGGGCUUGGAGUUCAGCAUUUGGCGCUGAAAGACGAUGAGACAAGGAAGGCCGCCUUGUCGGCUGUCCGGAAGCGCCCCUCCAAAAAGUAA